ACUUGCAAACCUUGUAUGUGAUAUUUGUGGCAAAAUGCAUUUUAAUAAGAUUUCACUGUUUGCUUUAGUGUGUUUUAUUCAGUAUGGAGAGAUAAAAUCAACUAUAAAUGAUGACAUGUUAGCCUUUUUUGAAAGACUAAAAAUGUGGAUGCCGUACUUGGAUUGUUUGGAAAAUGUAGAUUUGCCAGUAAUGGAACCUUUCUUUACUGAGAGAAUGGACUUUGAUCUUGUACAUGAGAUUGGAAAAAUGAAAGGCAAUUUUCAAAAUAUGACAAUACAUAAUUUAUCAAAAUACAAUGUUGAUUUAUUCAAUUUGAAUAUUUUAUCAUUAUCUGUGAAAGCUAACAUGUCAUUACCAGAAUUAGUGAUGGAAGGUUUGUAUGAACUUGAUGGCAAUAUUGGUGAUUUGAUUCCAAUCUAUGGGGAAGGAGAUUUAAAUAUGUCCUUACAAAACAUAACUAUCGGUAUUGUCGGUAAAUUUACGCCAGUUCCAUUUAGAGUAAGUGAUUUGAAGGUAGAUUUUGAUAUCGGAGGAUUUACGGCUUAUUUCGACGGUUUAAUGGGAGAUCCAGAAUUGGAAGAGACUUUUAAUAAACUUAUAAAUGAUAUUGCUAUGGAAGCUUUGCAUGUUCUAUGGCCUGAAAUUGAAGUUGGAAUAGUUGAAAUGGUUAAAAAGAUGGUAGCUGAUGCUGAUUUGACAGUGGGAGACUUACUUCAAUUUAUGCAAAAUAUAAAAACUUUAUUACCUGAAGAGGUACCCGAAGAAUGCAAAGAUCGACAUUUGUUAAAAUAA